AUGGGUAUUCUAGACGUUAUUAAGAGAAAGACCGGUGUUAUCGUCGGUGACGAUGUCAGAGCUGUCUUUGACUACGCUAAGGAACACAAGUUCGCUAUCCCAGCUAUCAAUGUUACUUCUUCCUCUACCGUUGUUUCUGCUUUAGAAGCCGCUAGAGACAACAAGUGUCCAAUUGUUCUACAAACCUCCAACGGUGGUGCUGCUUACUUCGCCGGUAAGGGUGUCUCUAACGACGGUCAAAACGCCGCCAUCAGAGGUUCCAUCGCUGCUGCUCACUACAUCAGAUCCAUUGCUUCUGCUUACGAAAUCCCAGUUAUUCUACAUUCUGAUCACUGUGCCAAGAAGCUACUACCAUGGUACGAUGGUAUGCUAGCCGCUGAUGAAGAAUACUUCAAGGCUCACGGUGAACCUCUAUUCUCUUCCCAUAUGUUGGAUCUUUCCGAAGAAUCCGAUGAAGAAAACAUCGGUACUUGUGUCAAGUACUUCAAGAGAAUGGCCGCUAUGCAACAAUGGUUAGAAAUGGAAAUCGGUAUUACCGGUGGUGAAGAAGAUGGUGUUGAUAACUCUGGUGUUGAAAGAGAUGCUCUAUACACCAAGCCAGCUCAAGUUUUCUCUGUCUACGAAGCUUUGAGCCCAAUCUCUCCAAACUUCUCUAUUGCUGCUGCCUUUGGUAACGUUCACGGUGUUUACGCCGGUACCAUGGCUCUAGCUCCAGAAAUCUUGGCUGACCACCAAAAGUACACCGCUGAAAAGAUCGGUGCUCCAGCUGGUUCCAAGCCAUUGUACCUAGUCUUCCACGGUGGUUCCGGUUCUACUGACCAACAAUUCCACACUGGUAUCGACAACGGUGUCGUCAAGGUUAACUUGGAUACUGACUGUCAAUACGCUUACUUGACUGGUAUCCGUGACUACGUCCUAAACAAGAAGGACUACAUCAUGUCUAUGGUCGGUAACCCAACCGGUGCUGAAUCUCCAAACAAGAAGUUCUUCGACCCAAGAGUCUGGGUUAGAGAAGGUGAAAAGACCAUGUCUGUUAGAAUUGCUCACGCUUUCGAAGUUUUCAGAACUCAAAACACUUUAUAA